AUGCUUCUCCAAACCGCCCUUCUCGCACUGUCCAUUGCGACUCCAUCCCUCGCGCAGGUCCGCGAGAGCUUUGAGAGCGGAUGGGACAAGGUCGCAUGGCCGACCUACGCGCCGGACUGCGACCAGGGCGGCAAGGUUACUCUCGACAGCACGAGCAAGGCUCGCAGCGGCAAGAACUCGAUCAGAGUCGACGGCGCGGGCGGUUAUUGUGGACACAAGUUUUUCGGCACCACAGCGGUACCGGACGGUGAGGUCUACGUCAGGGCGUGGAUUAAGCCCUCCAAAGCCAUCACCGACGCCCACGUCACAUUCAUCACCAUGCCGGACUCUGCUCAGGCUGCUGGAAAGCACCUCCGCAUCGGUGGACAGAGCAAGAUCCUCAUGUACAACCACGAGUCCGACGACGCCACCCUGCCCGAUCUCUCUCCUCAAGGCAUUGCCGCCUCGGCGACCCUCAAGGCCAACGCUUGGCAAUGCAUUGAGUAUCAUCUCGGUACUGAUGGCACUGUCGAGACCUGGGUGGGUGGCAAAUCUGUCAGCGGUCUUACGAGCAAGCCGAACAUCGCGAGCGACUUUAACGGCCAGUGGAAGAGGGGCAACAUUAAGCCCAAGGUCUCUGCCGUCUACUUCGGCUGGGAGUCAUAUGGUGGAGAGUCCAACACUGUCUGGUACGAUGAUAUUGUUGUCGACUCAAACCGCAUUGGAUGCUACGCCAAGUCCAAGUAA